CUGGCUGUCAAACGUAUCGAACGCCUUCGGUCGGCUCGCUGCGAUUCACCAGUCGACCGUGCUAUAAAAUUACAGAGUAUUGUUGUGAUUGCGUCGGCAUCGGCUUCGUGUAUGAACUGUGUCAUAAAAAUGAAUACAGUGUCGUGUUUAGUGAUUAAAUAACAAUGCCAAUUGUAAUGUACAUUAGUGUUGUGCUGUGAAACCGUUGUUUGGUGCUGUUUAAGAUGACCGAGAAAAAUAAAUCGGAAAAGAUGACUAAUGCAUCCAAACCUGUUCCCAUGAAACUUUUUGCAGCCUGGGAAGUGGACAGGACGCCUUCCAACUGCAUUCCCAGGCUGUGCACACUUCGGAUUACCAGGCUCCGAGUAUGCGGUGCGCUGGGCGAGACGGGCGGUGGCGCUGCCAGCGGCGCGGGCGCCGGCGCCGUCAUCCUUGCCGCGCGCAUGCACAGCUCCAAGCGGACGCUUCGGUCCAACGACAUCACAGUACCACCGCUUGAUGUCGAGCUCGACCUUUGCUUCUCAUUGCAAUACCCUCACUUCGUCAAACGGGAUGGUAACAGAUUACAAAUCAUGCUACAGCGUCGCAAGAAAUACAAGAACCGCACAAUUCUGGGGUACAAGACUUUGGCUGAGGGUGUUAUCAGGAUGGACCAGGUACUCCAAAGGUCAAUGGACAUGGAGCUGGAGCUAACAGGCGUUGGUGGCAAGGUCGGCGCUGCUGCAGGACAGCCAGUCGCCAAGCUGACCAUCACUGGCCUCGCGUCCACUCCCGUAGACCAUGACACUAAGAACAACAAUACUUUGCUUAUUACAGAACGAGGCUAUUCAGAUGAAGAAGAAGAAGGGGAAUUCAGUUCGGUAGAGGAAGCCGAUGAAAUGACGUACGGAGCUCCCGCCAGGCGGCGCGCGCAUCGACAAUUGGCGUUCAACAAAACUGACUUAUCAUAUACCAAGCAACGCAAUCUGAAGCAGAAGUUCGCGGCGCUGUUGCGACGGUUCCGAGUGCCCGAGGAACUGUCGGAGCGAGGCGCAACUAGGGACACGCAUCACGCGCAACACGACAUUGAUGAACUAUUCCAGGAACUGGAAUCAUUAUCAUGCGGCGAGGGCGAGGAUUCAGGACCAGAUCAGAUGGAUACUAUCAGUAUCGGUUCCACACCCAAACCCUCUCUCAGACCUUUCUUCAGCAGCUCCAGGAGUCUCGCCAAUCAGGAGCAUCACAGGCAUUCCAAUGAAUCAGAAGCGGUAAGAAGUUCAGCUGGGGAUGAACGAGCGAGUGAUGGUAACAGUGAUGGUGAUGCCACCAUCGACGCGCCCGUGUCGGGUGCCUCCGUGUCCAGCUCCCCACCUAACGAGAUCAAGGUCAGGGAGGACAAGCGGUCCCGGUUAUUUCGCAGCGCGACUAGCGGUGGUAACCUUAUACCUGGCGGUGGGGUCACGCGCAAGAAGAACUCGCUUGUAGUUGGCACGGAGAGGCCGCUCUCUGCGCACGAGUUGCCUGCACAGAGUCCCACCACUUUGGAGCCGCGGCGUACAUGGGCGGAGCAGGUGUCGCGGCUGGCGGGCGAGGAGCUGGCGGGCGAGUGCGUGGGCGUGUGCGGGGCGGGUGCGGGCGCCGCGCAGGCCGCGCUGCUGGCGCUGCGCGUGCCCGCCGCCACCGCGCCCUCGCCCGCGCCCGACCCACGCCCUCUGCUGCACGCGCUCAUAUCCAGGGCUAAGCAGGGAGCCCGUCGUUCGUGUAUCCGCGUGGCUAUCUGCGGCGGGGACGCGGCGGCCAGCGCGGCCCUGCGCGCGCAUGCCGAGCUGGGCGCGCGACGCCCGCACGAUGCACCCACGCUGCGCUUCUACUUCGUACCCAUCGGUCCCAGUGUGAUAGCGCGCCACCUGGCGGCGUCGGACGGCGGCUACGCGUCACUAUUCACGGGCGACUCGUGGGCCAAUAUCUGCGAGCGAGCCGCCGAUGGCUCCGCGCCUGAUGUCGCCGAAAUGUCCUCAAGAAUCGGCAGGUAUCUGAACAGCAUCGGUCCAGUGAACAAUAUGCCGAUCGGCGAGGCGAUGGUUGCUUACAGGGAGAAGUCGGGCGACGAGGACGCCAGCCAGACAUUCGUGCCAUUCAUUGCGGUAAUUUAUUUUUAAACAUUCAAUCGUAGCAAUCGGUGACAAGGUCGUAGGGUCGUAGUGCUCCGGAGGGUGAGACACCCGCUUCUCAUGCAUAAGGGUGCGGUUUUGAAACCUGGCAAGUACCCCGAGUUAUAUGUAGGCACUCUCUAUAAUUAUUUAGACACCACUGACAUACGGAGAAGACAGAUGUUGAGAUGGAUGUGUGGUGUGACGAGAAUGGAUGAAGUGAGAAAUGAGUAUAUUAGAGGAAGUUUGAAAGUGGCGCCAGUGACUGAAAAGUUGAAAGGGAACCGUUUGUAUUGGUAUGGCCAUGUGAAAAG